GAAAGCAAAGUUCUCUUCUCUUGUUUACUUUUUUCUCAUGUUAAGAGCUCACAGACUGGGAGACUAAUUUGACUGUCUCAUUUUCUUCUACAUUUUUUCAUUCCCUUCUUAUCUAUCUGCAAGAGUGUAUUGUAGUUCAGGGGAGACUCUAGAAAAAGCAAGCACUUGUCCACAAUCAAAGGAGCCUUAAGGCAAAAAACGCAAUUCAUCACCAUCAGAGGUCCUGCAGCAAAACACACAACCCAACGCCAUCAAAGAUCCAGCAGCAAAGAACGCAACCCAAAGGCAUCAGAGGUCUUGCAGCAACGAACGCAACCCAACGCCAUCAAAGAUCUGAAGCAAAGAACACAGCCCAAUGCAAUCAAAGGUGCUGCAUCAGAGAACACAACCCAACAGUAUCCAAGAGCCUGAAGAAAAGAAUGCCACCUUUCGCCAUCAAAUGUUCUAAAGCAAAGAACGCCACCCAAUGGUAUCAAAGAUCCUGAAGCAAAGAACACAAGCCAACACUAUCAAAGGUCCUGCAGCAAAGAUUGCAACCCAUUUAAAGGUUCUGUAGCAGAGAACGCACCCUAACACCAUCAAAAGUCCUGAAGCAAAAAAUGCACCCCAACACCAUCCAAGGUCCUGAAGUAAAGAGUGGCACCCAAUGCCAUUAAAGAUCCUGAAGGGAAGAACGCCACCUGUCGGCAUCAAAGAUCCUGCAGCAAAGAACAAAACCUAACACCUUCAAAGGUCCUGUAGCAAAGAUCGCAACCCAAUCAAAGGUCUGGCAACAAAAAACAAUCAAUUGCAAAGAACGCAACCUAACGCAAUCAAAGGUGUUGCAACAAAGAAUUCAACACAACAGCAUUAAAGGUCCUGCAGCAAAGAACGCAACCCAACACCAUCAUAGGUCCUGCAGCAAAGAACGUACUCCAACAGCAUCAAAGAACCUGCAGCACAGAACGCAACCCAAUGCCAUCAAAGGACAUGAAGCAAAGCACUCAACCCAAUUAAAAGUCCUUGCAACGGAGAACGCAACCCAAAACAAAGUGAAAGAAGCUACAUCUACAUCUAGCCAUGUGUUCUUCUAUUGAAAGAGUCUGAACUGGUAAGUUGGCACCAUCCGUUGACCACAGGUGGCCUUUCCAGAAACGUGAAAUUUGCUCUUGCUGCAAUGAGGCUUGCUAGAAGCGGCUGGCACUUGGCACUACUGUUGGCGACGACUGGCCUGGUUAGUUGCGGAAACGGUAACAGUCAGAGACGUGGGGGAAGCGAGAGGCGGAGGAAGCUUCACCGAAUGCAGCAUGGCCAGUGCAGCUAUACCUUCAUCUUGCCAGAGGUAGAAAGCUGUCAGGGUGGAGCGGACCAGAUUAGUGGGACUAAUAUUGUGCAGCGGGACGCCCCGCCAGGGGACAGUGAGUGGUCAUCUCAAAAGCUGCAAAAUCUGGAGAUGGCCAUGGAGAACAACACACAGUGGAUACAUAAGUUAGAAAAAUAUAUUCAACAGAAUGUAAAGACAGGCAUUGUGCAUAUCCAAGCAGAUGCAGUCCAUAACCAGACAGCCACUAUGCUGGAGAUCGGCACCAACCUGCUCACACAGACUGCAGAGCAAACCAGGAAACUCAAUGUAGUUGAAGCCAAGGUUAUUAACCAGACAUCAAGAAUUGCAAUCCAGUUAUUGGAGAAUUCAUUAUCAACAAACAAACUGGAGAAGGAGCUCUUGACACAGAUUACGGAAAUUUCAAAACUUCGAGAGAAGAACAGUCAUUUAGAGAGUAAAGUCUUAGUACUGGAGUCACAGCAGAGGAUGGAGCUGGAGGACAUGAGGGAAGAGAAACAGAGACUGCAGGACCUGGUGAAGAGACAGACAGCUGAUAUAACGUCUCUGGAGAGAGAGCUGAGAGCAGCCAGCAGUAAUAACUCAGUCCUGCAGAGACAACAUCAACAGCUCAUGAAGUCUGUCCACACACUCAUUGGCCUGGUGUCUGCAGGGACAGAGUUCUUGCCAAAUGAGCAGCAGUUCCGAGACUGUGCAGAGGCCUAUAAAUCUGGUCACAACACCAGUGGAAUCUACCACAUUUACAUUGGAGACAUGAUGGAGCCAACCAAGGUCUUCUGUGAUAUGGAGACAAGUGGAGGAGGCUGGACGUUAUUCCAACGUAGAGUCAAUGGCAGCAUGAACUUUCAGAGAGGCUGGAAAGACUAUAAACUGGGAUUUGGUGAUCCGAGUGGAGAGCAUUGGUUGGGUAAUGAGGCUGUUCACCUGAUCACCAGUCAAGCCCAGUACUCCCUCCGAGUGGACCUAAAGGACUGGGAAUAUAAUGGCGCUUAUGCACUGUAUGACAAAUUCCAGCUGGCCAGUGAAAAACAGCAGUACAGACUCUCAUCAGGGGGCUAUAGUGGAACAGCCGGACAGCUAAGUAGCUUAGCAUCAAACGGCACAGGCUUCAGCACUCGCGACGCUGACAACGAUAAGUGUGUUUGCAAGUGUGCCCUCAUGAUGACCGGAGGCUGGUGGUUCGAUGCGUGCGGCCUUUCCAACCUCAAUGGAAUCUACUACACAGUUGGUCACAACAUCCGCAAACUCAACGGUAUAAAGUGGCAUCACUUCCGAGGACCCAGCUAUUCACUCCAGUCCACUUCCAUGAUGAUCCGACCAGCGGAUUUCUGACAUGGAGAAAUCACAUUGAAUGUUGUCACAUUGAAACUCAUCACACUGAAUGACAGGACUUCAGAUGGGGUUGCUUUAGGAAACCCUGUUGGAGGCAGACAGAGUACAUUUUGAUAAACUAUCUGUCAUUUGAUGGACGAUUGGUGAUGUUUUACUGCAAAUCAGAGAGUUGGAGAUGACAAUGGAUGAUCUUGGAUGAUCAGACUAAAAACUUGACAUCUUUGUACGUCACAAUUUCUCUUUCACAUGCACAAACACUUACACGCUUCCCAGCUACUCUUUUUGUCUGGAUUAAUCCAGGCAACUCACAACCUAAAACAAUUUUAACAAUGGUCUUGGGGUCUGGGUAGCUCAGCAAGUAAAGACGCUGACUACCACACCUGGAGUCGAAAGACUGAAUCCAGGUCAUGCUGAGUGAUUCCAGCCAGGCUUCCUAAGCAACCAAUUGGCCCGGUUGCUAGGGUGGGUAGAGUCACAUUGGGUUAACCUCCUCGUGGUUUCCAUAAUAUGGUUCUCACUCUCGGUUUGGCGCGUGGAGAGUUGUGUGUGGAUGUCGAGGAGAAUAUCGUGAGUCCUCCGCCACCGAGGCAAGUCAAUAUGCCACUAUGAGGACUUAGAGCGCAUUGGGAAUUGGGGAGAAAAGGGGAGAAAAUCCAAAAAGAAAAAAAAUCAAGAAUAAAAAAACAAUGGUCUUGGCGAUUUCAUUGGACAACUUCCACAUGCUGUCAAGAGUCCAUUGUUGUGGCAUAAAAUAAUUCCCAUGCCCAGGAGAACUUUUCGAACUAAAGAAAUGAGAUACCCAACCUGGGAAUUUCUAAACUUAUUUGGAUGGUUACAUGCCAAGAAUUUAGACAAAGAUGCCCAGAUGAUGACCAUGUGCACCAUCAUAUUUUUAGUUUAUACAACAUUUUCUGAACUUACGAGUGGAUAGAUAGAUAGAUAGAUAGAUAGAUAGAUAGAUAGAUAGAUAGAUAGAUAGAUAGAUAGAUAGAUAGAUAGAUAGAUAGAUAGAUAGAUAGAUAGAUAGAUAGAUAGAUAAAUAGAUAGAUAGAUAUUCAUUCAUUCUUUUGAAGCGCUAUUGCCUAAUUUUGUCUGUAUUUUCAAUAAUUGGAUAUUUUUAUAUUGUGCAUAUCUUUCAAUUGUUUGUCCAUCUUAGACCUGAAACAUACUCUAUAUAUGUACAAAAAUCCAUUUGCUUAGCAUUCUUGUCUGUGCUGGCCUUACAUGUGAUUUGUGUUCGUAUUGUGUGUUUGUAUGUGUGAGAGAGAAAGAUAUUGUAUUUUGUUCACUGAUGUCUUCAAAUUCUUUGCAUUUGUUAUGUGACCUGUUGUUCCCAUUACAAAAAUGUCAUACAUUUUAAAAUGAUACACUUUGACUGUUUCUAACAUUGUGUUAUGAAUGCAUUAUGCAUUAUUAAUGAUGCUGUUAGUAGCUACUGUGGUAUAUACCUUAUUACUUUUAGAGCAUGAACCUUUCAACACAUAUUAGCUACUUUAUGACCAUAAAUAUUUUGUUACGUUUCAUUACUUUCUAAUAAUAAACCCUGCAACAAGUGUAGAUCAGCUUUACAGUCAAGCAUAAUAGCUUUCAACUCCUCCCAAGUUUAUUUUACUAUCCUGAACAAAAGUUGAAGAUGCCAAAGGCCUUUCUGUCUUUUUGUGGUCCGAGCUUCCGAGUUCAUAUGUUUUUAGUGAUUUUUUAUUUAACUAAAUUCCAUUUUACUGCCAAGAACAGCAAAAGCAAGAGCAUAUGAAACACAUUCCCGCUUUAUUCUCUCUGCAAAUUGCCAAUUUUUCAUGUAAGAUAUGCAUUUUGUUUUGUUUUAAGAGGUGUACAUGAGCAAUAAA